UUAUUUUUGUCAAUUAUCGUUUGAGGCUUGAGCGCCUUAACUCUGCUAACCAAGACACUAAAAUCGCCCACAAUCCCUUUAUCGUGCCAACGAAUCCUCUCUUCUUCAUUAGCUAUACGCAUAAUUCUACACAUAUGUAUGUAUCAGUUUGAUCAUCUUUCUUAGCCAGAACGAGAAAGACGAUUCAAACUUUCUCCCGAAAGAGAGAAAAAAUAAGAAUAAAAUAAGAAAGUUGGUGCUUCUACAGACUUCCGAAUGUCCAAGCGUUUCAGCUUCACGAAGACGAAGAACAAGUGCUACCGAUCGGCCUUCAACAAAUCGGGCCUCCGAUCCACCGUGACGGACCUCAAAGACGGGACCGUCAUGCACUGUUGGGCCCCCAAGGAGCCCAAAGAGUCCAAGCCCAAUCUCCUCCUGAUCCACGGCCUGGGCGCCAACGCAAUGUGGCAAUGGGGCGACAUGGUGCGCCACCUGGCCCCUUUAUUCAAUCUCUACAUACCGGACCUGGUGUUCUUCGGCGAGUCCUACACGAGCAGGCCUGAGCGGGCCGAGUGGUUCCAGGCCCAGUGCGUGAUGCGGGUAAUAGAAGCCUUAUCGGUGCGGAGGCUAAGCCUGGUGGGCCUGAGCUACGGCGGGUUUGUGGGCUACAGCCUGGCGGCCCAGUAUAGGGAAGUGGUGGAGAGGGUGGUGAUAUGUUGCGCCGGGGUGUGCAUGGAAGAGAAGGACUUGAGGGAAGGGCUGUUUGCGGUGUCGGAUUUGGAAGAGGCCGCGAGAAUUUUGGUGCCCCAGACGCCCCGGAGGCUUAAGGAAUUGAUGGGGUACACUUUCUUUAGGCCCUUGCCUUUUGGAUUGCUACCAUCUUGCUUGCUUAAUGAUUUCAUUCAUGCAAUGUGCACGGAAUAUGUAGAAGAGAAAAGAGACUUGGUCCGGUCCAUUCCCAAAAACAGAAAACUUUCAGACCUUACCAAGAUUCAUCAGCCAACUCUGAUAAUCUGGGGAGAACAUGAUAAAGUAUUCCCUUUAGAACUUGGCCACAGAUUAAAAAGGUAUUUGGGGGAGAAUGCUCAGCUAGUAGUUAUCAAGAAUGCAGGGCAUGUUUUCAAUAUUGAGAAGCCCAAGGAGUUCUACAAGCACUUGAAAACUUUCCUCAUUGAUAAACAGCCGCCUCUUAUCAGCCCAUCUUCUGAGACGCCUCAAAAUCAUACAAAUGACACUUAACUAAGGGGCUGAAAAGAAUAUGCAGUUUUGAACCUUUUCUUUUCUUCCUGAACAACUUAUUCAAACCCCAUUAGUUAUGUCCCUGUUAUCAUGUAAUCUAAACCAGACAUGAUAUUAUUUGGCAACGCUCUCUCAAAGUUUCUAGACAUUUUUACUAAACCUUGUAUUGUUUAUGUAAUUUAACUAUAUGUAAUGAGGACAUCAAGACAAUUUUAAUACAU